CUUUACAAAUACACCUUCAUUUUUCAUUCACAAUCCUCAUUUUCUUUUCAGUCCGUAAAGUACGGAAGUUCCGGUGUCAACAAAAAUGUUACAAAAGUGUAGUUUUCUGAUUUCUAGGCGAAUAAUUAGCUCCCCACUGUUGAGUAGAUGUGUCCACUAUAUACAAGGACAAUCACCAUCUCCUAAGAUAAGGGAGUAUUUCUAUUACAUUGACCACCAAGGCCAGCUUUUCCUUGACGAUGCAAAGAUCAAGAACUUUACUUCAUGUUUUAAAGAGAAAGAUUUUUUGGAAUUCUUCUUCAAAAGAGUGAAAACAAAUGAAAGUGGGCGCUACGAAGACUUCCCUUAUAUAUCCUUAUGUGGACGUGAACGUAAUUUCAUUCGCUGUGAUGAUCAACCAAUCGUAUACACACAUCUAAUCCAAACAGAAUCUGGACAUAUGCUGACUUAUGGGUAUGCUGGUGAUAGACUUAAGGUUGAAUUCGAACCAUCAGAACUCUGCAUGUUACCUUGGACAGGACGUGUGUACCACCCUGCGUCAGAUCGCACAGGGGGUGUUGGCUUGAUUAAAUCUAGUCUAGCAAUUGAACUGAGUCAAUAUUUUGAAUAUGGACAUGGGGACGAGAGUCAGCCCCCAACACAUUUCAACUGGCAAAAUCACAAUUAUACACUUACAAACAAUUUAGUGAAAUUGGUAGAAGAAAAAUCACAUGUGGAAAAUGAGACAUAACCACUUGAUGAAUCAUAAGCUCAAUCACACAAAGUUGUUUUGUUGUAUCAUUCUUGAAUAAAAAGCUUUGUUAAAGUGGCAAUAUGAUAUUGAUUUAUAUAGGCUAGCAAGCUAACAUUUGAGUGGAAAAUCCUAUAUUACCACUUUAAAGAUAUAAUAUGUCAAUCAUCAUUUAAUUU